CCAUGGAGCGAAGGGCAGUGCAGGCUUGGAGAACUCCAAUUCCCGAAAGCCCCGGUGCUGUGUGCGCAGUGAGGGAAAGCACGCCUCUCUACUCGUCACCGUGCUCGUCAAUCAAAGACAAACGACCAGGGGAAACAGGGUCAAAUGACCCAUGCAGGUCGCUUGGUGCUAGGCUGACGAUGUGGAGAUUGGCAACAUGCACGGUCCUGCUCUUCGUGCAGCGUGUGGUGGUUGGGAUGCCCUGGACGCUGGUGGCAGUCACCACCUGCGCGUUUUACCUCGCAUCGGGAGGUCACAAAUUCGUCGAGAUCUUCAUCAAGACCAUCCGCCGGGAUGUACAUGCCGCUGGUGUCCUCCUCAAAGUCAAGCUCAAUGUUAAACGGAACUUGAAAUUGAACAACACAGUCCCAAAGAUCUUCCAUGAAGUUGUGCAGAGGCACCCGGAUAAGACGGCGCUUAUAUUCGAGGCGACGGGUGCCGCUUGGAGUUUCCGGUACCUGGACGAAUACUCGAACAGAGUCGCCAACUUUUUUUAUGAGCAGGGCUACCGCACUGGUGAUGUGGUGGCCGUUUUCAUGGAGAGCAGGAACGAGUACGUGGGACUAUGGUUAGGUUUGGCCAAAGUUGGAGUGGAGGCGGCACUGAUUAACUUCAACUUGCGGAUGGACGCUCUAACUCACUGUAUCACCAUCUCCAAGGCCAAGGCCAUUAUAUUCGGCAGCGAGCUGAACGAUGGUAAGUACAACAUGACUGACUGCAUUAAACAUGCAGAACCAAAGGUGACAACCCUGAAGGAGAUCCAUCAAACCCUGGGGAAAUCCAUGCAGUUGUACUGCUCCGGAGAAUGGACCUUUGGCGAGUUGCCUGCAGGCACUGUGAAUCUCGACCAUUUACUGGCAGCCUCUCCAUCACAUCACCCUCCCCUUCUCCAGAACCGAGGAUUCACAGAUCGACUGUUCUACAUUUAUACUUCAGGAACAACGGGAAUGCCGAAGGCAGCCAUUGUUGUCCAUAGCAGGUACUACCGGAUGGCAGCUUUGGUUUACUAUGGUUACCGGAUGUGCGCCGAUGACAUUGUCUAUGACUGUUUGCCUCUCUAUCACUCUGCAGGGAAUAUUGUGGGGAUAGGUCAAUGCCUUUUACAUGGACUGACUGUUGUAAUCAGGAAAAAAUUCUCUGCCUCUCGCUUUUGGGAUGACUGCAUCAAGUACAGGUGCACGAUUAUCCAGUAUAUUGGGGAGAUUUGCCGCUACCUCCUCAGCCAGCCCCAGCGCAGCGUCGAGAGGGAGCACUGUGUCCGCAUGGCCCUGGGAAACGGCCUGCGCCCAUCCAUCUGGGAGGACUUCACCUCCCGCUUCCAGAUCCCGCAGAUAGCCGAGUUUUACGGGGCCACGGAAUGCAACUGCAGCCUGGGCAACUUCGACAACAAGAUUGGUGCGUGUGGUUUUAAUAGCCGCAUUCUUCCGUUUGUCUACCCGAUUCGAUUGGUUAAGGUGGAUGAGGACACGAUGGAGUUGAUUCGGAAUUCCAAAGGUGUCUGCAUUCCCUGUCAACCAGGGGAGCCGGGGCAGCUGGUGGGGCGUAUUGUCCAAAAUGACCCCCUCCGGAGGUUUGAUGGAUAUGUAAACAAUUCAGCGACAACGCAUAAGAUCGCAAACGAUGUGUUCAAGAAAGGAGACAUGGCCUAUCUUUCAGGCGAUGUCUUGGUGAUGGAUGACUAUGGCUACAUGUAUUUCCGGGACCGUACUGGGGACACUUUCCGUUGGAAAGGUGAGAACGUGUCGACCACAGAGGUUGAGGGAAUUUUAAGUCGCUAUCUCAGCAUGGCUGACGUUGUUGUCUAUGGAGUAGAGGUGCCAGGCGCGGAAGGUAAAGCUGGGAUGGCUGCCAUAUCAGACACCAGUGGUUGGAUAGACUUGGAGAAGUUCUACGUGGACCUUGAGAUGGCUUUGCCACCGUACGCACGGCCUGUGUUCCUGCGGUUGCUGCCGGUAGUGAGCAAGACGGGGACCUUCAAGUUCCAAAAAACAGAGAUGAGAAAGGAAGGAUUUGACCCAAGAUUCAUCAAGGACAGACUUUAUCUCCUGGAUCAACGACAGCAGAAAUAUGUUUCACUGGAGGAAGACCUCUUUAAAAAGAUCCAAUCGGGAAUAAUGAAGCUAUGAUUAAAACUAUAUCUAUAAAUAUACUGUUACCUCAUCGUUACUCUUGUCAGUAGCCACAACAAGCAGAAGGGAUAAUUUGUUCCACUUCAGUUACUUGACCAGACUUGCAUGUACAGGAACUUUACAGAAAUUUUUGUUAUUUUUCUUUAUCUAAGUUUAUUACAGAUUUGCUAGUAAUUUAUGAAGAGAGAUUAUUACAAUUUUGCACAAGAAAAAUUAUAAUUAAUUUUUAUUGCCUGUACUGUUUUGGGUCUUAUUUUUUAAGUGGGAUAAAGCUUUCUCUUUGUUCAUUUCUUGAGAACCUGCGAACAUCCUCGAGUGUGUUGAGAAUGUAAUUAAACAGGAUUCAAUAAGAA